AUGAGCUUCCUGAUCACUGGAGGAGUGGGCGGGACCAUACCAAACGCAAACAUGGCGGCGUCCUUAGAUGAUGAUUUUGAGUCUGAUAACCAGGACUACUACUCUCUACUCAACGUCAGGAAAGAGGCUACAUUGGAAGAGCUAAAGGCUUCAUAUCGCAGGCUGUGUAUGCUCUACCAUCCUGACAAACAUCGCGACCCGGAGCUGAAAAGCCAGGCUGAACAGCUUUUCAACCAGGUGCACCAAGCGUAUGAAGUGCUGAGUGAUGCUCACUCCAGAUCCAUCUACGACAUCUUUGGGAAGAAAGGGUUGGAGGUGGAAGGUUGGGAGGUGGUGGAGAGAAAGAGAACUCCAGCGGAAAUUAGAGAGGAAUACGAAAGGCUGCAGAGAGAAAGAGAAGAGAGGAGACUGCAGCAAAGAACUAACCCCAAGGGAACAAUAAGCGUCGGCGUAGAUGCAACAGACCUGUUUGACCGCUAUGAUGAGGACUUCGAAGAGAUUCCGGGUGGGGGAUUUCCUCACAUUGAAAUCAACAAGAUGCACAUUUCCCAGUCGAUAGAGGCUCCUUUGACAAACUCUGACACAGCAGUGCUCUCUGGUUCGCUCUCUACACACAACGGGAACGGAGGGGGCAACAUUAACAUGACCGUGCGAAGGGUCACUUCAGCCAAGGGCUGGGGAGAGGUGGAGUUGGGUGCAGGAGACAUACUCGGACCUCUCAUUGGGUUAAAGGUGUUUCGCAACCUCACUCCACGGUGUUUCUUGACAGCUCAGUGCGGUUUGCAGUUCUCUCCUCGAGGUUUAAGGCCGAGCUGUUCCCUGAUGACAGCACGCCACCUGGACCAGAACACCAUGGGUUAUCUGCAGUGGCGUUGGGGGCCCAACAGCGCCAUGACCACCAGCCUGGUCCGAGACACAAAGAGCAGCCAUUUUACUCUUGCUCUGCAGCUGGGUGUGGCUCAUUCUUACCUGAUGAUGAGCUACCAGUACAAGUUCCAGGACGAGGACCAGACCAAAGUGAAGGGCUCUAUAAAGACAGGCUGGUUUGGAACUGUUGUGGAAUAUGGAGCAGAGAGGAAGAUCAGCCGACACAGUGUCCUGUCAGCCACUGUCAGCAUUGGGGUCCCUCAGGGAGUCACACUCAAGAUCAAGUUAGCGCGUGCCAGUCAGACGUACCUUUUUCCAGUCCAUCUCACGGAUCAGCUGCUGCCCAGUGCUGUUUUCUACGCCACUGUGGGGCCCCUGCUGGUCUAUCUGGCCAUACACAGACUCAUCAUCAUCCCAUAUACACAAGCACAGAAAGAGCAAGAGUUGGAGCUACACAGGAAAAGCUCCUCUGCAGACAUCGCCAAGAAGAAGCACGAGGCAGAGUCCGCUGUUCUGCUGAUGCAGGAGUCUGUGAGGAGAAUCAUAGAAGGGGAAGAAUCCAAGAUGGGUCUGAUCAUCCUGAAUGCCUGGUAUGGAAAGUUUGUGUCAGACACCAGUCUGAAGCAGGAGAAAGCAAAGGUCAUUGACGUCACUGUGCCUCUGCAAUGUCUGGUCAAGGACUCCAAACUAAUUCUCACCGAGGCCUCCAAGGCAGGGUUGCCAGGCUUCUACGACCCCUGUGUAGGAGAGGAGAAGAGUCUGAAAUUACUGUACCAGUUCAGGGGUGCCAUGCACCAGGUCAUCUCUGCAGACACAGAGUCGCUACGGUUACCCAAGCAAUCUCACAGAAUUGAGUCAGAGUCCUAGGAGCCCCCCCCCCCCAACUGUUGCAGCAUCGGAGGGGAUUUUUUUUGCGUAAAGACAUCCACCCCAGAAAGGAGACCCAUCAACAAACGGCCCAUCUCCCUCCUCUGGUCCUCCUCUGUCGUGGUUUUAGUGAGUCUUUAUCGACCAUCCGAUCCUCUCUCUCCUGCUGUCCGUCUCCUAGGUUCAUCAGAACAGAGGAGCCGGCACGGCGCUCCUACAAGGUGUAAUCCUUUGUGUUAAUACCUGCCUUCCAGUGUGAAUCAGAAACUGGCACCGAGCAGUUUCAUAAAUGCACUACACAGAGGGACCGAUUGCCACGGCAGACGUGGAGACCAUUCCUAUCAGCGAUGAGCUAAAAGUGCACAUACAUUUAAAGAUGUUCCUUGACAUCUGCAUCAAGUAUAUAGAAAUGAAUGGACUGUCAUCGUCGUUUUACCCCAAGUUUAACUAAAAUAUGUUAUGCCACUUUAAUAACUUGUGUAAAUGUUUCGAGGCACCACUCUGCAGGAUCUCAGUGACCCUGAGGCUGGACCUUCAGAGGAUUGAUAAUGUAACCCCUGUUUUUGUUUGUUGAAAUGGCUACCUAGUGUAUUCUGCCUAUUAGUGACAGGUGCUGCUCAGGUGCAAAGUGGUGCUCAAAACAUACAUAUAUUUGAGGGUUGGGAGAUGGAAGUUGGAGGGAUUUUAAAGGAAAGUGACAAAGAAGCUGUGAUUACUGUGUUCGGAAAGGACAGGCUUGAAUUCUUCAUUAGUUUUAAUAAUGCAGGCUAGACUCGAACUAAAAAGGAGAAUGUCCAUUUAAAUUGGAUUGUGUCUCAGUAGUGCAGUUGAUUUCGGAAUAAGUGAAAGUCAGUUUGUUACUAGUAUGCAGAUUUUAUAAACAAGCAAAAAUGGGCGUUAUUAUGUGAUCAGUAAAAGGUCAUAGGUCAACCCCUUCUCUCUGAAACAGUCACUGUGCCAGAUAACAUCCAGCGACUGGGCACAUUUUAUAUCAGACUUUGUUCAUGUUUUACACCAGAUUGGUUCCAUGUAUUUUUAUUUUAUGUUUUCAGUCCCUUUAAAAACAAUAUAAGGAAUAAUCUGAUAAAGCCAUGCUUGUCUCUUGUUUUAGGUGAUACAGCAACUGAUCAAGGUUGACAUGAGGACAUCUGAAAGUUGUUAAUAUCACAUGCAUAUUACAAAUUAGAUUAUAAUCCCUGAUUAGUACCAACUGUGCGGAUUGGUGAAUUAAUCCGGUUGGUAGUCCCUGUUGGGAAAUACCACUGUCACACUAAAACAGUAUGUUAUGAAAUAAAAAAAGGUAAUAUUUUUCACAGAGGCUAGUUUUUGUGGAAAUUGUGCUGAAGCAUUGGAUUUAAGUUCUACACUUUUACUGAACUCAAAGUUCCCAUAAGAUGCCUUUUCAUUGACUCAUUUUGGGGACUUCUCCAUUAGGAUGAUGGAUCUGCAAGGUCUCGGUAGGCUUACAAAUAAAAGCAAGAAGAAUUGAGAUUGAAGGAUGGCCAUCACUGGAGACGUGAGAUACUGUGAGAUCCAUAAAGAUCUUUUGUUGGGGCCACUGUUACAGCAGCCAUUUCACACCGAUUCCGUUUGUAGUAUUUGACUUCUCUCAUUUGUUUCAAGUGUGCAGGAAAUGAUGUUGUCCCCUCUGCUGUAGUGCCACCUCGAGACCAGCAGAAAGACUGCUGCUGUCACACUCCAGCCCCUUGUCCAAAACCAACCCUCAUCAGUAUGUAAAAUGACCGUCUGGUUGAAAAUUAUUUGUCUUGUAAAGAGUACAAUAAAUAAUAAAAUAUC